AUGUUAAAAACUUCUUUUUCUUUUGCAGGACUAGAAAAGUUGUCGAGUUUGAAGAAGUUGGAGGUACUAGACCUCAGUUUCAAUGUUGAUAUUGAUAACGACAUCCUUCCAUCAUUGAUGACACUCACUUCACUCAAAAUCUUGGAUCUUAGCUUCACUAGCUUGAAUGGAAACUUUCCUAUCAAAUUUGCAGCUUUAGAAAAUCUGAAGGUGUUGGAUCUAAGCAACUGUAACUUUAAUGGCGUUUCAAUAUUAAAGAAGUUGAAAUCAUUAAAUCCUGGGUACAACAGAUUUAAUGAAAGCGCUGCAACAUCUUUGAAUACACUUUCAUCACUGACAAACUUGGAUCUUAGCAACAACCCUUUAUUAGGACCAUUUCCAGCUCAAGAAUUAGCUCAUCUCACUAACUUGGAGAAGUUGGAUUUAAGUUUCACCCAGCUCAAUGGCACACCAGAUAUCCAAGGUAAAUGGAGAAUUGGUUUCUCCUAG